GUCAUAAGAAUAUUCAGAAUCCUUCAACUUUUGCCUUCCUUUUCGUACAGUUCCUAACCAACCGAACGGGCCCUCAGCCAAUUACAUUAAUUUAAAACUCUCCGAGCUGUUUCCAUAUGUCCUUAACUCCUCAAGCUUCAAGCCGGCACUCUCCCCAUUUCUUUUGACCGCACUCUCUUGGAUUCUCUCUCGAAUUCUAGGGGUUUAAAUCGCCUGGAGAAAAAUUAGAAGUUAAUGGCAAUCGAAUCGAUGGAUACUCACGACGAGGAGGCGCCACUGGUUGCUGGUAUUUCGCAAAGUGAGACUCCGAAAACCCGAACGAGAGAUGUUCAUAUUUUGAGCGGUGCCUUCUUGUUGGUCUUCCUUGCUUAUGGUGCUGCUCAGAAUUUGGAGACUACUGUUAAUGCUGAAGGAAACUUGGGAACGGUGUCGCUCGGGAUACUGUAUGUAUCUUUUGCGUUCUUCUCGUUGUUUGCAUCGUUGGUGGUUCGAGUACUGGGGUCGAAGAAUGCUGUGGUUCUGGGGACUACUGGUUAUUGGUUGUACAUAGCUGCAAAUUUGAAGCCUACAUGGUAUACCAUGGUACCGGUUUCUGUGUACCUUGGUUUUGCGGCUUCAAUAAUAUGGGUCGGGGAGGGGACAUAUCUUACUUCCAUUGCACGCAGUCAUGCCAGAGAUACCAACUUACAUGAAGCAACCGUGAUUGGUAACUUCAAUGGGGAAUUUUGGGCAAUGUUUGCUCUUCACCAGUUUGUUGGAAAUCUUAUUACGCUUGCAGUGUUGCAAAAUGGAGCGGAAGGAAGUUCCGGCAACACAACUUUGCUGUUCAUCGUGUUUCUUUGUAGUAUGACAUUAGGUACCAUACUUAUGUGUUUCCUAUGUAAAAUUAAUGACAAAGAAGAGAAGGUAUCAGCAGAUUCUUCUGUCAGUUUUUCUUCUGCUGUGGUAUCUCGGUUGAAGUCAGUUAUCACUCCUUUGCUUGACAUACGGAUGCUGUUGAUCAUUCCUCUUAUUGCUUAUUCAGGAUUGCAGCAAGCAUUUGUAUGGGCUGAUUACACCAAGGAUGUUGUGAACCCAAUUCUUGGAGAGGCUGGAGUGGGUGGUGCAAUGGCAGUUUAUGGGGCUUUGGAUGCAAUUUGUUCACUGGCGGCUGGUCGACUCACUUCUGGUCUCAAGUCAAUAACUUUCAUAGUUUGCGGGGGAGCUUUUUUUCAGGCAGUGAUAUUCCUCUGGCUUUUGCUAAAAUACAGCGCAACGAGUGGAGUGCUUGGCAUAGUAUACCCGCUUCUCAUGGCAGCUUUACUGGGCAUUGGUGAUGGCGUAUUGAAUACACAGCUUAGUGCUUUGCUUGCUCUACUUUUUAAGCAUGACACGGAAGGAGCAUUUGCACAGCUCAAGGUGUGGCAGAGUUCCGCCAUUGCAGUUGUGUUCUUUUUGAGCCCGGCUAUCACAUUGCAGACAAUGGUGAUGAUCAUGCUUGUCGCAAUUAUCGUUUCAUUGGUUUCGUUCCUAUUCCUUACUGUAAAGGUAGAGAAAGCAUUCUCUUAGCCCCAGCUCGGUGAUAUUUCCACCAGCUAUGGAGUAAUCAAUGCAUGUUUCUUCAAGAAUGAGAAAACUUCAUAUCAGCUGUGCUUGUAAUUGUAAUAUCCAGUCCGAUUCCAAGUCUAGUUUCCGAUAUUAAUUUAUAGUUCUGAAAUGCAA